UGGUGUGAGGGAGCGCGCUGUCUGUGGUCGCCACAUCAUACGCCGCACUACUCUGUGCGUUAUUUACACAACCGGGAGUGUCAACGUCCACUGCGGGGUACACCGCCGCCUCCAGCCAACAGGGGGCGACCGCGCCGACCUGAUCUCAGGAAGCGGAUGUGUGAGCGGCAGUUGGACCGGGGCUGGAGUGAGAGAACGAAGAGCAGCCAAGUCACAACCGGGAAGAGAGAGCAGCAAAAGCCGGGCCUGGCCGCCCACACCUGCCCGCUUCCCCCAUGCUAGGAUGCAACAUGGCAGCAGCUAUGGAGACUGAACAGGUUGGUGUAGAAAUAUUUGAGUCCACACGCAGCCAUGGAAGCCUGGAGGCAGUCGGAGGGGAGCCCAAGCCAGAACCUUUCUAUGUGGAGCGCCAUUCAUGGAGCCAGAUGCGGAAGCUGCUGGCGGACACCAGAAAGUACCAUGGAUACAUGAUGGCCAAGGCUCCGCACAGCUUCACCUUUGUUAAGAGAAAUGACCCAGAUAGCCCUCACUCUGAUCGCAUGUACUAUCUGGGUAUGUCGAUGUCUGGAGAAAACCGGGAGAACACUCUGUUCUACUCAGAGAUCCCAAAGAACAUUAACCGUGGUGCAGUCCUCAUGCUGUCCUGGAAACCUCUGCUGGACACUUUUCAGGCUACCCCAGAUUACGGCAUGUACUCCCGUGAAGAAGAGCUCCUGAGAGAGAGAAAACGUAUCGGAACAGUUGGCAUCUCUGCAUUUGAUUACCAUGCAAAAAGUGGAACUUUCCUGUUCCAAGCUGGAAGCGCCAUUUAUACUGUUAGAGAUGGGGGUACCCGUGGGUUCACGAAGCAGUCCCUCCAACCUCGGUUACUGGAAAGCGGUUGUCCUAACAUCCGCAUGGACCCUACCAUCUGUCCUGCAGACCCCAGCUGGAUGGCAUUUGUGCACAGCAACGACUUGUUUGUCGCUAAUAUAGAGAGUGGAGAGGAGCGCCGGUUGACCUUUGUGCACAAAGACUUAGUUGGAGUGGAGGAAGACUGCCGAUCAGCUGGCGUAGCCUCAUUUGUGCUGCAAGAGGAAUUUGAUCGUUACACAGGAUACUGGUGGUGCCCCAGUAAUGAGACAACUGCAUCUGGUGGUCAAAUUCUGCGCAUCCUCUACGAGGAGAACGAUGAGUCUGAAGUGGAGAUUAUUCAUGUGACCUCCCCAAUGCUGGAGACUCGCAGGACGGAUUCAUUUAGGUACCCCAAAGCUGGAACGGCAAAUCCAAGAGUGACGUUUAAACUGUCAGAGAUAACAGUGGAUGCAGAGGGCAGGGUGCUGGAUGUUGUAGACAAGGAGCUCAGGCAGCCGUUUGAGGUGCUGUUUGCUGGAAGUGAAUACAUAGCCAGAGCUGGCUGGACUCCAGAUGGAAAGUAUGCCUGGGCUGUCCUGUUAGAUCGUCCACAGACACGUCUGCAGAUUGUCCUCAUCCCACCCUCACUGUUUGUGGCUCCUUAUAAAGAGCUUUCGGAACAUCACCGACUGUCAGAUUCUGUGUCUGACUCUGUAACACCUCUUGUGAUCUACGAGGAGACAACAGACAUUUGGAUAAAUAUUCAUGAUAUCUUGCACUUCUUCCCCCAAACCCGAGAUGAUGAGAUCCAGUUCCUUUUUGCUUCAGAGUGCAAGACAGGUUUCCGGCAUCUUUACCGAAUCACCAGCGUAUUGAGAGCAGCCAGUUCUGGUAGGGCAGGAGCUGACCUGCUGGGGCUCAGUGACUUCCGAUGUCCCGUAAAGGAGGAGGUGGCUGUGACCAGUGGAGAAUGGGAGGUUCUUGGCAGGCAUGGAUCCACCAUUCGGGUUGAUGAGGUGAAUAGAUUGGUCUAUUUUGAGGCUACAAAGGACACGCCUCUAGAACACCAUCUGUAUGUUGCAAAUUAUGAGACACCUGGAGAGGUGACAAGACUUACAGACCUGGGCUUUUCCUAUUCUUGUUGUGUCAGCAAGCACUGCGAUAUGUUCAUUAGUAGAUAUAGCAGCCAGACUCUACCACAUUCAGUGCAUCUUUUUAAAAUAAAAGGCAGUGGCACCGAUCCAACCCAAAGGGAUAAGGAAUUUUGGGCUACUCUUCUCGAGUCACCAGGGACUGUUCCCGGGUACAUCGCCCCAGAAAUUUUCUCCUUCCCCAGUCGGACCGGCUUCACUCUAUACGGCAUGAUGUAUCGGCCUCAUCAGUUGCAGCCAGGGAAAAAAUACCCAACUGUCCUCUUCAUUUAUGGGGGGCCACAGGUACAAUUGGUCAACAAUCGGUUCAAAGGUGUUAAGUAUUUCAGGCUGAAUACCCUUGCGUCGCUGGGGUACGUAGUUGUUGUAAUUGACAAUCGGGGUUCCUGUCACCGUGGACUGAAGUUUGAAGGAGCUUUCAAGUACAAGAUGGGUCAAGUAGAGAUUGAUGAUCAGGUUGAGGGGUUGCAAUAUCUGGCUGCUAAACAUAGCUUCAUAGACCUUGACCGAGUUGGUGUCCAUGGUUGGUCAUAUGGAGGCUAUCUCUCACUAAUGGCGUUGAUUCAACGGCCUGAUAUAUUCAGAGUGGCUAUUGCUGGAGCACCCGUCACACUAUGGAUUUUCUAUGACACGGGAUAUACAGAGCGGUACAUGGGCCAUCCUGACCAAAAUGAACAUGGCUACUACCUGGGUUCUGUGGCAAUGCAGGCCGAGAAGUUUCCCUCUGAACCAAGCCGCCUGCUUCUCUUGCAUGGUUUUCUAGAUGAAAAUGUGCACUUUGCCCACACAAGCAUCUUGCUUAGCUUCUUGGUGCGCAGUGGAAAACCAUAUGACCUACAGAUCUACCCUCAGGAGCGUCACAGUAUUCGGGUUCCUGAGUCAGGAGAACAUUAUGAACUGCACCUCCUGUAUUACCUGCAGGAAAACCUGGGUUCUCACAUAGCAGUCACCAAAGCCUUGUGAGCAAAGUGUUAAUGGUGGUCACGGUCGGGUUAAGCAGUGUGGCACCCCUGCUACCGCCAAAGAGAGGCCCAGUAUACACAGCUUGGUUCUAGGCUGACCUGCAGAGGAGAGGGAAUUGAAGGCAUAAUCCCUGUACUACAGUGAUAUCCCAACACCUUCUACCAGUGAGAGGAUAAAAUACAUGUAUCGCAGCUCCUAACUGCAUUCACAUAGUUGGGGAGUAUGUAACCCGCUACACUACGUGUCUUUUUGCAGAUAUUAAUGUGUCACUAAGUGUUAUUUCUUUUCAUAUGCAUAUGGCCCCCUAGGUCUGUGUUGAUCAGUAAGUUGUUGUAGUGGCUAUUGCAUUUGGUUUGUUACCAGAUUCAGAGCAAGCUCAUCCUACUGCAGCCGAUGCACUUCUACCAUGGUAUAAUAACACAUUGGAUUGAAAAUGCGUUCCUUACCGCUGCACUUUAUAUGACAACAGAGUGACAUGUUAAUCACCAUGUCUCACCCAUUAGUGGAUUACAGUGCUCUGCUAAUGCUUUGUAUUUCAGUACUACGUGGUGGAGUCUAGUAGUAGGACAGCACUUGAUCCUUGAAGGGUGAAUUACCCAGCACGGUACUUCUGCUACUUGGGGAAUGCAGGGACAAGGAUGGGGGGAUGCAAAUUUCACACUAUCCUAUAGGAACACUUAAAAAACAAACAGCCCUAAUGGUAUAAAGGUGCAGAAUGUCGUCUGUGGAUCAUGCUUUUAGAGCACACUGUCCACCCUUACAAUUGAGCACGUUUUGGAGUGCUUUUUUUUAUAUGCCUCUCUUAUCACUCCUCUUCCCGUCCUGACAGCUAUUGUCAUGCAGGAUUGCUUUGCAUGAGUUUUUGACCUGGAGUUACAUAUUACAUAUCUGUCCCUCCCACCAGUUAAUACACCUCCGUAUUCUCCAUCGCAGUUCAAUUUUGGUAUCCAUGUUUCAUUUUGUAGUCUAGACCACAGGUUCUCAAACUCAGUCCUCAGGACCCCACACAGUGCAUAUUUUGCAGGUCUCAGAAUCACAAAAUAAAUAAUUAGCUCCACCUGCGGACCUUUUAAAAUGUGUCAGUGAGUAAUUACUACACCUGUGCACCUGCUGGGUUACCUGCAAAACAUGCACUGUGUGGGGUCCUGAGGACCGAGUUUGAGAACCUGUGGUCUAGACAAUAAGCAGCAUUGCAGCUGUAGUGAUCCUUUAGCUCCCCGGUGGCAGAAAAGCCCCACUUUACCUGUCCGAUGAUUGCUGCUCUACUUCCUUGAAGAAUAUAGCAUUGCUUGUGUUGUGCAGGGACAUCAUGCAGUGUGCAGUGCCAGGGUUCCACUCUAGAGGUUGUUUACACACUUCACCUGUAAUGUAAAGCACUUUAGAACAUGUAAAAAGGUGCUAAUUGAACUACUUGAACAUAAUUCAUUAUUUCAAAGCCCAUGGCUUUGAAAUGCAUCUUAUGAAAAGUCUGUAAUAUUGGUGGCAGUUUUGAAGUAAAACUAGUGCGGUAGAUGUAACCUGCUACUUCACGACUUUGUUUUAUUUUUUUGUUUCUCCCCCGGUAAACCCUGUACAAAUUGUUGUAUACAAUCCUGACUGCUGUUAUACCUCACCCUGUCCUCACAAGAUUUUGUAGCAUGGUGUAUAAUGCAUUGCUAUUUUAACAUGGAACUCUGUCACCGCUGAUUUAAAAAUAUACAGUGUUGUACAUUUUUAAGCCUGUUAUCUGCAUCAGUCCAAAUUAAGUAGAGUGGAACCUUUUGUGAAUCUAAAUUCUAGUCACCCUACCUUUUCAGUUUACAGAGAUAACCCCAACCGUGGAGGUGGUUAACAUGCAAAUGAAUUGAUUUUCCUAUGACUUUAUAUGCUGCACAAUGAGAACUUUAAGGCCUGGUUCUCAAGGAGAUCACUUCUCUGCUGCUGUAUUCUUACGUUUGGUCCUACAUGUGGGCAUCCCAUUAUGGACCGGAAAACAGGAAUGCUAUUCACGAGGUGCUCGAUGACUGACGGCACCCCUAUAAAGUUAGGCCAUUUUGUGAGAGAGUUAAUUCCAAUUUAGUUCUUAGUAAUAUAAAUACUGGCACACACAUUUAAAUUAUUAUUGAACUAUCGUCCUAGAAUUGUUGGUAAGUACCUGUAGUUUAAGGUAUAAUUGGGCUGACCUCCCCGCCUUACCUUGUCCUUGCCUUUGUGUGAAGGCUAGACAUGCAGGGGGAGGAUGGAUAGCUUAGUUUUACUGUUGUCAGCCCAAGUGGGACAUAUUUCUGUCUCUUCUUCAGUGAUCAUGUACAAAUUUCUAGAAUGUCAAGUGUUUUAAACUAAAACUGUAAUUAUAUGAAUUUUUAUUUUAAUUGUUAAUAUCUUCAACUGUUACUCUCAUCAUGUCACUGUCAUUAAUCCAGUAUGCUCUCUUCUCACACAAACUUUUAAAGGUGCCAUAUUCUGCUAUGUUUGAAAAUCAGAGAUGCAAUAGUCUGUAAAAAAGAGGGAAAACA